GGAAGGCGGCGCUGUAGCCGACAGUCGCCGACCUCCCGAUCCCGCCCGGCCGCCGCGCUGCCUCCGCCUGGGAGCCGCCUGCGACACGUGCUCCCUCCCACUCCGCCUGGGUCCUGGUAACUGCGGGCUCGGUCUCGCGUGGGGGGCCUGCGUGGGCCAUGGCGGUGGCUGCGGCGAAAACGCGCCUGUUCCUGGAAGUGCGGAGACGGCUGCAGAGCGCGCUGCUAAUCCUGAGGCUUCCAGCAGAAUGUGUGGCCCAGGUUAGAGGUGGCUUAUCCCAGCUCAGAAGAUAUGGAUAAUAAAGGCAUGUCUUCCUACCUCAAAGGUCUGGAUUAGAAGUGAAUCUUCCUAUUUCAAAUUAAGCAAAAGUCACUCACAGUGAGCCCGAUGAAGGAGGGAUGCACCUGGACGUUUCCAUAACGCCCACCUCACUCUUGAUGCGAACCCCCGAUGGCUGCACCGAGACCCAGCUUCCAGCAGAGGUCAGGCUUGUGCCUUCCUCGUGCGGCGGGCUGAAGUAUAUCCCCGGAGAUGGGUUGCACCUGCGUCUGCAGGCCCACACUGAAUCCAGCCCACAAUUGAUUUCAGCGUUUAAUCAAAGCUUGCAAGCCCAAGAAUGUUGCACGUUUUAUUGCCAAUCCUGUGGUGAAGUCACGGUAAAGGACAGGAAGCUCCUCAGGGUGCUCCCACUGCCUAGUGAGAACUGGAGCGCUCUGGUAGGAGAAUGGUGCUGUCACCCUGACCCCUUUGCUAACAAGCCUCUCCAUCCACGAGAAAAUGACUGUUUUAUUGGGGACUCUUUCUUCUUAGUGAAUUUGAGAAGUGAUUUGGAGCAGGAACCAAAAGCAAAUACCAAAGUCAUUUGUAAGCGUUGCAAGGUAAUGUUGGGAGAGACCAUAUCAUCAGAAACAACUAAAUUUUACAUGACAGAGAUAAUUAUCCAGCCAUCCGAGGGAAGUUUUCCUAACAUACCAAGGUCUCAGUUUGUUCAGAGUAUUAUUGCCCAGUGCCUGGUGGAACUCUCUUCUGCUAGAAGCACUUUUAGAUUCACGAUUCAAGGUCAGGAUGGCAAAGUGUACAUCUUGCUCUGGAUUUUAAACUCAGACAGUUUGGUGGUCGAACCUCUGAGAAGUUCCAGGUGUGUCAAGAAGUUCCCACUGUUGGAAGAUACAUCGGAAGCUGACUCGGGCUCUGCCUGCAAUGCCAUCAAAGUCCUCUACCAUCCCUGCAUCAAAAGCAGGAAUGAAGAGCUUGCCAGCACGUGGGAAAGUGACAUCAGCGUCCACCCUUUAACCCUGCCCUCUGCCACCUGCUUGGAGCUGCUGUUGAUCCUGUCCAGGAGCAACGCCUCACUGCCGCUGUCCCUCCGCCAAAUGAAUUCCUUUCAGAAAUGCAAGAAGAGCCUGGAGGUGCAGCUGUAUUCAUGUGGUCUGAAAGCAUUGAAACAGGAUUUUCUCAGCAUCGUAAAAGCAAAAAGAUUAUCCUCUCUCAAAAUAAAUGGCAGUAAUGGAAGCAGUUUAUCCUGUCACAAAUAAAAGCGAGAGAACGCAAAAUUGGCUUUUGAAAUAGUUAACUCAACUUCAGUUUAAAUAAAAGGCACCACAAAGCAUCAGGUAAUACCCGCUCCCCAAGUUUGAGUACAUGUCUUUGUUAUUGAGACUUAGGAAGUACAUGAUGUACUUGGUAGGGAAAGCUAACAAAACUAGAGAUGAAAGCUCACGAGGUCCAAAUGUCAGGUUUUCCUUACUUGGCGGGGGGGCUUCUCUGCACAACUGGUUGGUUGAGCCUCCAGGGUUACUGUUCUCUAGGUUCACUAUCACAAGCGUAGGAAACCAAAGCUGUCUGGAUGUUCGAGGCGUCAGGGGGAUGGAAGGUCCCUGGGCCUCUCGCUUUUUUUCUCACUUAUCUGCAAGAUUAUGGUAAGAAGAGGAGGGGUUUCAAAUCACAGUUUCUCCCGAGUCCACCGUUGCCUCCUGAGAGGUUUUGUGCACUCAGCGAGUCGCUUCGUUUUUCGGAGCUUGUUUCUUCCUUCAUAAACCGUGUUUCAAACGAUGCCCUGCCUUGAUCCUAGGGCUGUGCUCAGGGCAAACAGUCAAAACAAGCUCGCUGCACUAUAAAAUGCUUUACAGGUUUCAGGUGGGCCUUUUACGCUUCCCAUUUUGCAGGUGUGGAAAGAUGGAAAGAGGUUAACCAACCUAUUCAAGGUCACAGAACUAGUCAAUGAGGGAUUUGGUUUCACAAAACGAUUCUGUAAUUACAGUGUUUCUCGGCACCGCACUGUUGACAUUUGGGGGCAUUUGAGGGGGCUGUCCUGUGAUUUUUUUAGGACACUCAGCAACACUCUACCUCCCCCUCUUAGAUGUCCGUCACCACCCUCUCCCAGUUGUUGACAACCAAAACUGUCUCAGAGUCUAGUCAGACGUCUGACUGCAGAGCUAAAUUUUCUAGGCACUUUUCAUGAUUGUUCAUCCCCCUUGCAACUACUCCAUGCCACAGUAAUUUGCAGAAUUAAAAGAGUUAAUUGAUUUUGCCUUUAGAAGGCGGUGUAUUUUCUCUCCCAGUGGGCUAGAAGCACAGUAACCACUGCCCUCAAUGGGCCCUGUGUCAGAAGCAAUGACCUGUGGUCUCCCAUCUCAUCUAAUUCUAUACCCACUCCUUAAUCCCUAAUGGGACACACAGGAGUCUCUCUUGAACGCCCCUUCCCAUCUGGUAACAGUGGAAAAGUGGGAGACAAAGAGGGAAAAAAACUCAUGUGAAUUUUUGUAGCAUACUAUCUUUUAAUAACCAUUAUAUUUUUAUUAUUUAUUCAUAGUUUUUGAGGCAGGGCCUUACUAUGUGGCUCAGGCUAGCUUACACACACUAUAGAGCCUGGCCUGCCCUAAAACACAUUUCCCACCCUCACCCAGCCUAUUAUCUCAUUUGAUCAUCACAGAAAGCCCUGGAAGCUUAUACCAGUUGUAAUUGUCCCGAGUUUAGAUGUCAUUUAGGAACUGUAACCCUUCUUCCUUGUCUGUUCCCUCAACUUUGGUGCUCUCAUUGCAAAACUUGAUAUAGGAGCUCAGCAGGAAGUUGAUACGGAAACUCAGCAGGAGCUUUCUUUCUAGCACCAUAUGAAGAGCAAGGUCCUCUGAAGUACUCUCCAUAAAGCCAAUGCCUCCUGCACUGCAAGGCUCUGCCUUUUUCUUUUCCUUGUAACAGGGAUCAUUAACUACAUGCCCCUUACACUGCAGCUGGGAAGGCCCCAACUUCCCUCAUGCCACUGAUACUUGCUGUGGGAUGUUCUGUAUGUUAAAUGUGUUGCUCUGAUUGGUUAAUAAAUAAAACACUGAUUAGCCAGUAGCCAGGCAGGAAGUAUAGGCGGGACAAGGAGAGAGAAUUCUGGGAAGUGGAAGGCUGAGUCAGGAGACACUGCCAGCCACUGCCAUGAGUACCAACAUGUAAGAUACUGGUAAGCCACGAGCCAUGUGGCAAGGUAUAGAUUUAUAGAAAUGGUUUAAUUUAAGAUAGAAGAACUAGAUAACAAGAAGCCUGCCCGCGCCAUACAGUUUGUAAGCAAUGUAAGUCUCUGUGUGUUUACUCAAUUGGGUCUGAGCAGUUGCGGGACUGGCAGGUAAGAGAGAUUUGUCCUGACCGUGGGCCAGGCAGGACCAGGAAAACUCUAGCUACAGAUACUUCUCUAAGAAUGGGCGAGUUUACUCCCAUCUGGCCUAGCACAAGCUUCCCAAACCUUCCACUCUGGCCAGCAUCCUCUCUGUGUUUGACUCUCUUCCUGAUGUUAGUACAGUUCCCAAUUUUUGUCACCUCUGAACUAAAACUCCAUAAACAUUUAUGGUCCGUUAUCAUUGCUUGUUUCACCAUUAUUAGAACUAUUGGGAAGUUCCAGGCAUUUGUUCUGGGCCCUGUUGAUAGCUUGAAAAUAGUUUUGCACAUAAGCCUGUAUGAAUUAAGUUUUCUUUUAAACAGUAGGUGAAGAUGAAUUGCUACUGGCAAACACAACACGUCUAAUUGCAUAUGAUUAAAAGUAUCAACAUGACCUGAGGAGAAGAUGAUGUACUUACCAACAGUGUUAAGGACGGAGAAUUGCCUGGCAAUCAUCUAGACUCCGAAUUCUGCUAACAAUGUCAAAAAGAGUGGUUUGAACCAAUGAGAACAUGAACUAGAUUACUUCAUGGAUAUAUAACUUUACUGUCAAUUAAAACUCUAUUUUUUCUUUAAAGUGGAUGUAAGUCAUUCUAAUUACUUGAUGGUUCAUUUAAAAAAGAUUGAUUGGUUCUUGCUGUAAAAUCCAAUGUCUGCCUUGCCUAAGUCAUUUCUUUUGAUUCUGGGAGAUGGGUAUGUAUCCUGUUGACCAGAUUUGCCCCCUCAAUUGGAUUUGAUGUGCAGCCUGCCAUUCCAUCAUGUUCUCUUAGUAAAGUAUUGUUUGUUUGUUUGUUUGUUUGUCCCCACCCCCA